CACAAGGGGGAUUGAUGAGGUAUGGAAGUGGGACCGACACACUGUGUCCAGAAUCAUCAUCCUCUACCUCCUUUUUUUAUUUUAUUUUUUUGGUUUUCUUACUGUCUCUCAACUCCAAAAACUCAACCAAAACCAUUUCUUCUUUUACUUUCCAGCACUUCUUCUUCUUCUUCCUUAAUAUCUCUCUAUCAAUCAACUGAGGAUCAAAGCUAACUUAAGUGUAAAUUUCCUUUUAAUUCCAAUCUUAAAUCCCCAAAACCUCGCAUUCUAAAUGUCACACCGAUCCCUAGAUUCCCGCCAUUCAAUUGACUCUUGCACUUUCCAGCUCCACUCCUGGAGACCAUUCCAUCUCCAAACCCUAGACUCUGACCCACCAAAACCUUACUCCUCCACCACUAAACGCCCUUGUCUCUCCGAUCGCACCACCUCCUUUCCCAUCGAUUCUAUCGACAUUUCCAAACUCUCUAUCAUCGACGACGACAAGCCGAUUUCCGUCUCCGCCGCGACUGCCUACAACAGUCGCGGCAGCUUACGUCUUAUCGCCCGUAAACGCCGGCGUCGGGGGUCCCGCUCGGUGUCCGGUAGGAGCUCCGAUCGAAGUGGGACCCGACGGUGUUGCUCUGUCGGAGCUCAUGGAACUUGCUCUGAUUUCCCAGUGGCGGUUGGGACCGAUUCUAGCGGCGAGCUUUUCGGAAAUGGGGACAGUAAUUGGGGGUCAGAUGUGAGUGAAGCGAAGAAUUCAAUAAAGAGGGAAAAGGAUAGGGAAAGAGAAGAGAAGGAGAAUAUGGGGUACGGACAGUUUGGUACUUUUGAAAAUCAAGGGAAUGAGUCCGGGUAUGGGAGUGAACCUGGUUAUAGAGGGGAUGCGGAGUUUGGGUAUGAAGAUGAGAUUGAUGAAGAGGAAGAUGAUGCUAAAUUGUUGUUUUGGGGUGAUCAUUUUGGAGGUCCUAAAAUGGAGAUGGUUGGGGAGAACUCAUUCUCCGAUCAGAAGUCCCAUCACAGAUGCCGCCGGAAGAAGCAUGAUAACAGGAUGCUGGAUUCAGUGAGAUAAGUAAUAGCAGUAUACAAUUUGUGUCGCCCAGUUAUAGAGAUUUGCAACUCAAACAUUCAGAGGGAUGUGCUGUACAUCGAACAACAAAUUUAUUAAAGAAAAUGGUAUUAAAAAUGUAAAACUGAUGCAGUUGUUUGUUUUGUGA